AUGCGCGCGCACGCUGUAAGGUCCGUACCUUACAGCGUUAGAUCUAAUUCUAAAUCUAAUAUAAACAUACCGGUAUUUAUGCUACACCCUGCUGGCAUACACUGUGGAUCCGGAUGUAAAGAAGCUCCAUUGCGAAUGCCGAGUCUCUGCGGAUUGGAAACACUCCAGCCCACUUACCCAUGA